GGCUCCCAAAGCCGCCCCAAAAUGGAAUGGUACAUUCGAUGCAGUUAAUGAAAUGAAAAAAUGCCCUCAAAACUUCACGAAUGCUUUCAUUGUAGGAGACGAGGACUGUUUAUACUUAAACGUUUAUACACCUUUGAAACCGGGUAAUAAACUUUACCCUGUUAUGGUAUUCAUUCACGGAGGUGGUUUCAAAGAAGGUUCCGGAUCGCCACUUAUUUAUGGCCCAGCACAUUUAGUUAAACAGGAUAUUAUUUUAGUCACAUUUAACUACAGACUUGGCGUUCUUGGAUUCCUUUGCUUGGGUAUAAAGGAAGCUGCAGGUAACAUGGGUUUGAAGGAUCAAGUAGAAGCGCUUCGUUGGGUGAAAAAUAAUAUCAGAGCUUUUGGGGGAGAUCCUGAUAACAUAACAUUAUUUGGUGAGAGUGCCGGUGCCGCAUCUGUGCUCUAUCACAUGUUAUCUCCAAUGUCCGCAGGGCUCUUCAAUAGAGCUGUAAUGGAGAGUGGAUCCGCAAUUUCAUACUCGUCUGGACAAUUUGAGCCGAAAGAGAUCGCCUUCAAAUUGGCCGCUCAAAUGGGACACAACACAAGAGACGUGUAUGAUAUAGUUAAAAUAUUUAAGGAAAAAACAAUGACAGAGUUAUUAAGUGCUAAAGUGCCCAGGCAUACUGGGGACAUUGUGCAGUCUGAGGACAUUUUUGUUCCUUGUAUUGAAGAAAAUAUAGAAGGAUUGGAACCAUUUAUAACUGCAAGCCCAUAUGAUAUAAUCAACAGUAGUAAAUUCAAUAAAGUUCCCGUUCUUAUGGGUUUUAAUAAUGCUGAAGGUUAUUAUUUUGUGGGGAAGGAAACUUCACGUCAAAGAGACGAGUUUAGUUUUAUAAAUGCGUUACCCAGAGACUUAAUAUUCCCUACUGCAUCUGAAAAAGAAACAACAGCGUCUAGAUUAAAAGAACUAUAUCAAGAUGGUCCUCAAAUGAGUGUACAAUCUUUAGUGAAAUACGAAGGUGACGCUGGUAUUAAGUACCCUGUUAUAGCUACAGCUGAUCUUUUGCUUAGGAAUAUGGAAGAACCAGUAUAUGUUUACAAAUUUGCAUAUGGUGGUUUAUUGAAUUUGGUAAAAUUUUUAUCUGGAUUCGUAGCUUAUCCUGGUGCGUCUCAUGCUGAUGAAUUGUUUUAUAUAUUUAAGCCAAAGGGCACGACAGUACUGUCGCUCUUGGAAAUAAAUAUGAUUGAUAAAAUGUCACUAAUGUGGACAAAUUUUGCUAAGUUCGGAAACCCGACCCCCCAAGUCACCGAAUUGACUCCCAUGCUGUGGCAGCCGGCCAAUCUUUCCGACCCUCAACUUCUGGUCAUCGACAGGCAAUUAUCCACAGAAAGUCUUUGGAACGACCAGGAUAUUUUCUUUUGGAAUAAAACUUACACACAUUAUAGAAGAACAUCAUAGAAAUCGAUAUGAAGCAGUUUUUAUUUUCCACUAUCGCAAUGAUUCAGUA